CGGUCGAGGAGCCUCGAGCAGCUCCGGCAGAGCGGCAGUCAGCUGAUUUUGACGUUCGUGCGGGUCCAGGACGGUCGGGUUCGGUGCGCACCCCGGAGUGAAGUGGCCGAGGACGAAGGUCGCUGGACGCAGCGGGUCCAGAGUAGGGGGACCGCGAGAAGCCCUACCCUAACCCUGCGGAACCUCUCCGGACCCUGGGGGAAGAAAGUGAGACCAGUUGGGUGGCAGUGCGCGUCCGUGGCUGGUCGGUCGACGACUACCUGGGUCGGGGCCGAGUUGGAAGCCAGAACCAGCUCAGGUUAUCGUAAGCUCCUGGGGGUUGGGCACGCGAUCGACUCCUGGAUACGUAGACUUCCUAGGGUAUCUUCCACCUGCCUGAGAAACCUCGGACCACACACCUUGGAAAGUCUCAGGGACUAAACGCUUCCCUGGGAUUUUCGGGAACCCUCCAGAUUCUUCGACCUCGGGCAGGGUUUCGGUAUAUCGGACUCCUAGAGACAUCUGCCUCGACGGGGAAUGAGGCAGCCGUCGACGACGCUCCUUCCUAGGGCGGUGACACGCUACUCGAACUAGCAGAGAAUGGCCGAUCUGAAGAGCCUCGGCCUGACUGGCGUAGGCAGCUCCAGGUACAAUGGCGACGAGCAGGUGCAAUUUAUCGCCGAUGGAAGCCACCAGGUGACUAUCAGGUCCCCGCCGCCGUCUCUGCACCUGGAGAACCUCAACAAUGCCGUCUUGGGGGGUUCUCAGAACAACCUGCACUGCAGCUGCAACGGCGCGGCGUCCAAUGGGACGGCGAGCACCGUCUGCUCGGGCGAAGUCCUGGCGAGGAAGGUGCCCAACCACAGCGGCGCCAGUCCAGGUGGACAGUCCAAUAAGAAGCCGGCAGUGUCCCUCACUCACCUGCCCAAGAGGCCGCCCGUCGACAUCGAGUUUAAGAACCUGGCCUACAGCGUCUCCGAGGGCAGGAAAAGGGGAUACAAAACCAUCCUGAAAUGCGUCAACGGGAAGUUCCGGUCAGGAGAGUUGACGGCCAUCAUGGGUCCUUCCGGUGCAGGGAAGAGCACCUUGAUGAACGUCCUUGCAGGAUACAAGACCUCCCACCUCAGCGGAUCGGUCCUUAUCAAUGGCAAGGACAGGAACCUGAGGAGAUUCCGCAAGAUGUCUUGUUAUAUUAUGCAGGACGAUCGCCUUUUGCCGCAUCUUACCGUCUACGAGGCGAUGAACGUCUCGGCGAACCUGAAGCUCGGCAAGGACAUCAGCAAGUCCUCGAAGAAGAUCGUCAUAGAGGAGAUCAUCGAAACUUUGGGACUGAGCGAGGCGAGCAACACGCAGACACAAAGACUAAGCGGUGGCCAACGAAAGAGACUGUCAAUAGCCCUGGAAUUAGUUAACAAUCCGCCUGUCAUGUUUUUUGACGAGCCCACUUCCGGCCUGGACAGCUCCUCCUGUUUCCAGUGCCUCAACCUGCUCAAGUCCCUAAGUAGAGGAGGACGAACGAUUAUCUGCACGAUUCAUCAACCCAGUGCGAGGCUCUUCGAGAUGUUCGACCAUCUCUAUCUACUCGCGGAGGGCCAAUGCAUCUAUCAAGGCAACGUCGGUGGACUGGUGCCCUUUUUGUCCUCGAUGGGAUUAGAUUGUCCGAGUUAUCACAAUCCCGCUGAUUACGUCAUGGAAGUCGCGUGCGGCGAACAUGGCGAGUGCGUUCACAAGCUCGUCAUGGCGGUGAACAAUGGGAGGUGCAAUAAUUAUCAGCAUUAUCAAAUGACUUUGGCGGCCGCCCAGGCGGUGUCUAAUGACAUCGUUAAGCAGUCGCCACCGCAGGAACAAACGAAACCAGAAGGGGCAGGCAUGCCGAAUGGCGUGGCGAAAAUCCCGACAGGUGCUACUGUGAUAAACAUGCCGGUUUCUUGUACAACGUCAUUACUCGACAGUGCGGAGAGCAUCGAGCAAAAAGUCGGCUUCCCCAACAGCGGCUGGAUCCAGUUUUGGAUUUUACUUAAGAGGACGUUCUUGUCGCAGAUCCGAGACAUGACACUCACGACGGUCAGACUGAUCUCCCACAUAAUCGUGGGGUUCCUCAUAGGAGCGAUUUAUUACAACAUCGGCAACGAGGCGUCGGAAGUAAUGAGCAAUGCUGGGUGCAUCUUUUUCACGAUCAUGUUCCUCAUGUUCACCGCCCUGAUGCCCACGAUUCUUACGUUUCCCAUGGAGAUGGCGGUAUUCGUAAGGGAGCACCUGAAUUAUUGGUACUCAUUGAAGGCCUUCUACUUCGCACGCACGCUGAUAGAUCUGCCAUUUCAAAUCGUGUACUCGGUAGCGUACAUAGUCAUCGUGUACUUCAUGACCUCCCAGCCCCUGGAGCCGGAAAGGUUCUUCAUGUACCUCAACAUCUGCGUCUUGACAGCACUGGUUUCGCAAUCAAUUGGCCUGGUGAUAGGUGCAGCGAUGAGCGUCGAGACCGGAGUGUUCGUAGGGCCGGUUUGUUCGGUGCCGAUCGUCCUCUUCUCGGGCUUCUUCGUCAACUUCAAGGCGAUCCCCAGGUACUUGAAGUUCCUGUCCUACGUAAGCUACAUCAGGUACAGCUUCGAGGGCGCGAUGAUCUCCGUCUACGGCUACGACAGGGCGAAGUUGAAAUGCAAAGAGGACUACUGCCACUACAAGAGCCCGACGAAGUUCCUCGAGCAGAUGUCCAUGGAGAAGGCCGUGUACUGGAUGGACGUGGUCGGCCUCGUGGGGUUCCUGAUAGCCAUAAGGAUCAUCGCGUACUUCGUACUGAGACUUAAACUCCGCUCGCUGCGAUAACUGCUGCGACCUGGGGACGGCAAAGGGGCGACAAUAAACCUGGAAACAGAUCAGGAUGUUCAAGACGACGAAUCAGCCCUGAAGGAAGCGGAAGAAGAGGAAUCCUCUCACCGACUUCACGGCGAGGUCGGCCAGCUGUCUGAACUCGUCAGCUGAUCCUGGCCAAGAUCCUGGCCCUGAUCCUGGUCCAGGACCUGGUCACGUCGUAAAUGAGAGCAAGAGACGAGAUUUUUCGUAGAAGCGAGCCUCGCGACGCUUUUGAUACGACCCAAGGUAGCUUCGAGGAGGAGCGAAGAGGUCCUGGAAUCUUUGAGGACGAGUCGGGACCCAUCGAGGAUAUUCUGGAGCCGCCUCAGGAAUUCCCCAGGAUUUUUAAAAUCAUCCUGGAGCCUCUUCCGGAUUCCCCUGGACCUCUUCUGGACCGACAUCCGUGCGACGUGUCGCGGAUUACUGGGAUGGAAAUUCUUUUCCACCUGAGAGAAAAUCCAGAUAUAUUUUCUCCCGGGUCCGCGACAGGCUUUGCGACCACGGCAUGCCGAAUUUAUUGGCAUUUCCCACUUCCGGUCGCGGCCGGAUGUCGGACCUAAACGCGUGCUCGCGUGUAGCUUAAUUUCUACUCUAGACUUAUCCCGCGAGAUCCGAUUUGGGAGAUACGAAACCGGAAGUUCUAGCGGGUAGAUGUACAUUGAUAAUCGAGGGGCUCGACAUUUUGUAGACACACACGUAUUACAAAUUAGGGAUGCGACGAGUCGAGGCAUUGAUAUCUCCUUUUUCUUUCGUCGUUAAAAGGAAUCGGGUACUCGUUGGAAUGAACACUUAAUUCGACUUCGUUUCAACCGGUUGAUCGAGGCCAAGCUCGAGUGUUUUCUGGUUUGAGAAACUGGAAUUUCGAGCUCAUCGAAAAUUCAACUCGUCGCGUCACUACUACUAACUCGCCAGGGGACUGAGGCCCGUUCAAGACUAACUUCCCUCCAGAUCGUGAGGCCACUUGUACUAGCUAGGAUCAUCGAGACCUCGGCAUCGAAUUAGCGGAAUCAUCGAAACGACGUACCGACUUAUCGCGGUUAUCUCCUCGUAGACAAUCUCCCGAGAGAGCUCACUCUUGACCAAUCACUGGCUGCCUGUGCGUUUGCUUUUUAAGUGUGAGUGAAUCAUGUUGCGGCUGCUUUGUACCGCGAAUCGGGAAUAACGAGUCACGAGGAUGUGCAACGUGUGCGACGAGGAUGGGGAAUAAGGUGGUGCGGCAUCGCGAUCCACCGACCGUCGAGGCCUAGGGUCCACGGGGAGCAUAAUCAAAAAUCUCUGGAUUUCCACGCACCGGCGUGUUCCUCGGUCGAAAUGGGACCAAAAAUCCCUCUUGCGUGUUUCCGAGAGACGUCUCCUUUCCGAGAUAUCGGGAAUUGAAGUCGGCCAAUCGCGGCGCGGCUCCAGGGGAAAUGCCGGCCGGUACAUCGGAAAGAUGCCGACUCCCGACUCCCGACUCCCCGGAUUCAUUCGCGAAUAUCUCGGAAAGUACUCGUCCUAUCGAGUUGCGGAAAGAACGAUUUCUUCGUAGAAUUUCCUCGGGAUUGCGCCGAUUACCCGAAAUCGAGAGAUUUUCGCCGCCCUGUAGAGUCUCCCUUUCCGUUGACAUUGUCUUGUCUAGCUGUACAGUCGAAGGCGUGUUACGCGCUCUUCCGAGACUUCACAUUCCUCGGAUGUUAAUCCUUGCGUAGAAAGGGGGAUCCGACAUUUUUUAUAUAAACAAAACGAAAAAGGGGGUGCAAUCGCUGCAUUGGCUGGUUCCAAUCAGGACCGGAAGUGACUGUCUGUGAUGUAUUUCCUCGGUUCGUGGUGUCUGAAUUUAUACAGUUUGCAUAUUCGCGGAGAACAAGGAGCUUAGACUGUAGAGAUUUGCAAUUAAAAGGAAAGAGGGGGGAAAAAAAGAAACGUAAUCGAAUUAUAAUGUAGCUUGCCAGUGACGUAUGUCCUUCCCUUGAUUUUCCUUUACUUUACCCUCCACAUUUUCUAUAUAUAUAUAUAUACAUACAUACAUAUAUAUAUAUAUUAUAUAUAAAAAUAGGUUUAACUUGUUACACCACUAACGAUGUUUACCGAAGUAUUAGUUAAUAAUUUUAACAGUGCAAUGCGAGGGGGAAGACCACCUAGAAAAAAAAAUGAGGAUAUGAUUUUCGAGAGGGAAAUGAAAUGAAUAUUUUUCGGUAAAUCCAGGCAAAUCUUCGUUUCUCGGCACUUGUUGUUUUUCUUUUUAUUUAUUGCUAAUGUUUCUUACACGAGGACGAGAAGUUCGAGUUUUCGGUUUCCUUCGAUUCCCGAGAUAAUUGUCAACAUCUUCGGAAAAUGCGAGACAAGGGAAUUUAACGUUGAUAUUGGAGCCUGUACAGGCGAUAUCGGACAAUUGCAUAAACAAUUGCAGGUGUCCCGAGCUCGGUACCAAAACGUGUACGGAAUUGCAUAAUUGCUAGGCGAUCUCAUCAAUUCCGGGUAUAAAUGUAUCGGGCGAUAUCGAUCCCCUUUUGAAUAAUUAACUUCCGGCGAGACCGAUUCGCGAGCUGCGGAUCUUAACAUGUACAUUAAACAUUAAACAUUACUGAUAUAUCAAAAGCGCUCUCGAGAGGAGUUAAAAAGCGCGGAUUUUGUGCCAGCCCGAUUUCCGGCUGCAAAAGUGUACAUAUAAAGAUUUUAUAAUUUUUAACACGCUCAUUUAUUAAGGUCCCUUAGCCCUUCCAGACCCGCCAUUUUAUCUGAAUAUAAGAAGGUAUAUUAUAAUACCCAUUAUAAUACAUUGACAAAUAUAAGAAUUCGCAGAAAUCAGAAGAGGUGGAAAUUCGAUAUUUGACAUCAAUUACUUUAAUACUGCUCUUAAAAGUAAAAAUGAAAAAACAGAAAGGUCUGAAAGGGCUUAAAGUUGGAACGACCGCAGUUCUGUAUCGCGCCCUUGAAAAACCGUACUUUAAGGUCAAUGAAUUGGGGAUUAGAAUUUUUUAAUUUUUACUCUUAAUUACCGGAGGGUAGGUAUUGCGGUAAGGGCGCGAUAUUUACAAGAAUCAAUUCGCAAACAGUAGGAUUCGCGGUCCUUCUAUCGGAUCAUGAACAACAGUCCGAUAGACGAGAACUCUGACUUAAGAUGACAUUUUAUACACGAAUUUGUAACAAUCGACUGUACUUCGUUGUGAAAUACGCUCAAGCGAAUCUUCGAGCCCGCAAACGCGCAUAUGUGUGCACUCAUGCUUACACCGAGUGUUUCGAAAUUUCCGAAAAAUCGCCAACCACGUUCCUCAGCUCGAUAACCGGCGUUCGAAUUUCAAACGUCGCGCGCCAAUUUCAAAUCUCGCAGAGCGUCGGCGACACCUUUGCGUAGAGUUUCGAGGGACGCGCGGGGGCGGGCGGGAAUUUCGAAAAUCUCAAUUGCUGUACGAAUAUAGGCGCGAUCACACGAAAGAACCUCGUUAACGAUAACGAUAAUUUCGCUUAUAGAGGACAUCGCAUCGGUGUAUCAAUAGACCAUACAUACCAAAUACCAUCAGUAUCAUUUUUUGCAGAAUCGCGUGAUUUUAUAUCCGAGUGCGAGGACGAGAGAGCUAGAAUUAGGUGCGAGAGGGCGCGAAUGAUAGGACCGUAAGACGUCACGGACUAAUUUAGUGCGAAUCUCGUUAAAAAACGAUGUAUGGGUCGUCUCGUGUUUUAGAUGAGGAGUCACGUUUGUACUAAAGCACAAAUUAAUAAAUGAUUAUAGCAAAUGUUCUCGUA